CUCGGAGGUCUGAACCCGGCGUGCCGGCCACGUGUACAUGUCAGUCGAGAUUUGGCCGAUGCAUCCAGCCAUCCACGAUCCCAGACCAAAGUCCAACUUGGAUGGAAUCAUUUCCCAGUUCCCACCCAGAUAUCAAGCGGCACCCGAUCACACUCGCACACACUGACACUCGCUCACCAAACACUCAUCACUAGCUAAGCCCGCCGCUGCGUGCCGCUCAUGGCGUCGCCGAAGAAGGCGCGGAAGCCGCGGGCGAGGCGGCCGCUGCUGCUGCGGCGGGCCAUGCUGCACGCCUCCAUCUGCUUCCUCAUCGGCCUCCUCGCCGGCCUCGCCCCGGCCGCCCGCUGGACCGCCUCCGCCUCCGCCCACGUCUCCCGCGCGCUCCACGCCGUCGACGGCGCCUUCGACCGCACCGUGCUGCUGCUCUGGGAGCAGCAGCGGCAGCUGCGCGACGGGCGCGUCCACGUCGCCGUCCUCCCCGCGCCGGCGCCGGGGCCGCCGGCGCUGGAGCCGCUGCGGCAGCCCCAGCUGCUGCUGGUGGUGACCGCCACCGAGCGGUCCGACCCGGAGCGGCGGGCCGCGGGGCUCACGCGCGCCGCGCACGCGCUCAGGCUCGUGCCCCCGCCCGUGCUGUGGCUGGUGGUGGAGCCGGCGGCGGAGGCCCUGCCCACGGCGCGGCUGCUGCGCGGCGCCGGGGUGGCGUACCGGCACCUGACCUAUCCGGAGAACUUCACGGCCGACGGCGUCGGCAUGGAGAAGGAGCGGCACCACCAGCGGAACCUGGCGCUGGAGCACGUGGAGGAGCACCGGCUCGCCGGGGUCGUGCUCUUCGCCGGCCUCGGCGACGUCUACGACCUCCGCUUCUUCGACCAGCUCAGGCAGAUCAGGACGUUCGGCGCGUGGCCGGUGGCGACGGUGUCGGAGCGCGAGCGGAGGGCGACGGUGGACGGCCCGGUGUGCGGCGGCUCGCCGUGGGCGGUCACCGGCUGGUUCUCCACGGCCGGCGCCGCGGGGGCGCCGGCGGUGAGGGCGAGGCCGCCGGCCGGCACGGUGGACGUGGCGCGCUUCGCGUUCGGCAGCGCCCUGCUCUGGCACCCCAGCCGCUGGGACAGCUUCCCCGUCUCCGAGCCCGACGCCUCACAGGAUUCCGUGAAGUUUGUGCAGCGGUUGGCCGCGGAGGAUUACAACAAGUCGAGGGGGAUGCCCAACCGGGAUUGCUCGGAGGUUAUGGUGUGGCGUGGGGAUCAGUUCCUAGCAACCUAGUUUGAGUUACUAACCGGUUGAGUGACUUGUGGUAUCACGGACCAACAAAUUUAGAAAUACAACAAAUUUAAACGGUCUCAGAUAGGAGAAAUACUUGUAUUACUCAACCACCAAGUCAUUACAGUCAUCACACACUAUCUUCAAAACUUCAGUGGACCUGAACCAAGCAAAGUCAUUGUCCUGCGAUGAACUCUACCAGAACUAGCUAAAUUAUCUCUAGCGUUAUUAUGGGAACAAAAAAAGUGAGUAAUGGAAGUAUGUCUAAGACCCAUGAGAUAUCUGAUCUCAUUCACCGGCGAAGCAUAGACCGAACGAUCGGCUUCUCCACUGGAAAUUAUGGUCAUUGCCGUAAGCGAGUCCAUCUCAAUGGCUAUAGGUAGCUCGGAACGCUAAAUAGCCAAAAAAAAAAAAAAAACAGACCCUCCAUACAUGUACAUAACUCCGCUUCCGGUGCAUCUCUACAAGAAAACAAAGUUCUACAUGCUGAAAAAAUAUUAUGGUUC